AUGAAUCUGUUCGUCAUCUUGUCUGUCGUUGUGUCACUGGCAACGAUUUCGGUAGAUGCGGGAACUGGUGAAGUAGUUAGCGGACAUUCUUCCGAUUCCUCACAACAAACAAGCGGAUUGCCGUUAAUGAACCAACCAUUUCCUGGACGGCGACCUGACGGCGGAGAGUUUCACCAGGGCAGCAGGAACGAUAAAAAUCCGGAGGACCCUGUGAACCUGAUUCAGGAGGGCCAAGAGGCAACCCUUUCGGUGGAUUCGGAAGACCCGCGCCUGGAGGACCAGGAGGAUUCCCUUCUGGAGGAGCCGGCGGACCAGGUGAAAACCCUCACUGGGAACAACAUCCUGGAACUGAAGGAAGAAAUCCGUUCCAAGGACUUGGAGGACCAUUCCCCGGAGAACGAAGGGAUCAUCCGUCCGGAAGAUAUGAACGACCAUUUUCAAGAGGACCAGGAGGAUACCCGUUCGGAGGACCUAGAGGAGCUCUCCCUGGAUGACAAAAGGGUGGUACCAUCGGAGGACCUGUGGGUUGUCCACGUAGCGGAUAUAGAGGACUUUCUUCGGGAAGAUCCGAUGGAUGGUUCCGAAUGA